ACGAAAAUGGCGGAGUAUCUGGCGUCCAUUUUCGGCACAGAGAAAGACAAGGUCAAUUGUUCGUUCUAUUUCAAAAUUGGAGCUUGCAGACAUGGAGACCGCUGUUCAAGAUUGCACAACAAACCAACUUUCAGCCAGACCAUCUUGAUUCAGAACAUCUACCGCAACCCCCAGAACAGCGCACAGACGGCCGACGCAUCUCGCUGUGCUGUCAGCGACGUUGAAAUGCAGGAGCAUUAUGAUGAGUUCUUUGAGGAAGUAUUCACAGAGAUGGAGGAGAAGUACGGAGAGGUGGAGGAGAUGAACGUGUGUGAUAACCUAGGCGAUCAUCUCGUUGGUAAUGUCUACGUUAAGUUUCGUCGUGAGGAGGAUGCAGAGAAAGCAGUCAUGGACCUGAACAACCGCUGGUUCAACGCACAACCCAUCCACGCAGAGCUCUCCCCCGUCACUGACUUCAGGGAAGCUUGCUGCCGCCAGUAUGAAAUGGGGGAGUGCACUCGAGGUGGCUUCUGCAAUUUCAUGCACCUGAAACCCAUAUCACGGGAACUUCGACGGGAGCUGUACGGCCGUCGCAGAAAAAGGCACCGCUCUGGUUCCCGCUCACGGGAACGACGCUCCCGCUCCAAGGAUCGACGACGGGACCGCGGGACCGAGAGGCGGCGGUCGAGGGACCGGGAGCGCUCCGGAAGAUUCUGAAAGAAGCCAAGACCGACCCACCAACUCCCACCCUCCUAACCCAGCAGUGAUGGAAACGUUAUUUUCUUUUUCUGGUGACUUGUUGGAUGUUAUUUUCUUUUCUUCCCUUUUUUUAAGACAAGCUUGUGUCGCUUUCUCAAUAAAACAGAUUUGUAACUCUG